AGCAGAUCGCACCCGAUCCUUGACUCUUUCCAAGGUGUUCCUUGGGGAAACUCAGGCUGUUUAUUGUCCCCUUGACGGUGUCCAUACCCUAGUUCUCGCCUACCAUGUCUGGAAUCUGUAGACCACGUCUUGCCGAGGAGCGCAAGCAAUGGAGAAAGGACCAUCCCUUCGGAUUCUACGCCAAGCCAGUGAAAACUGCAGAUGGCUCCAUGAACCUCAUGGAGUGGGAAGUGGGUAUUCCUGGAAAGGCUGGUACGCCUUGGGAAGGUGGUCUUUUCAAGCUUACCAUGACCUUCCCUGAAGAUUAUCCCUCUAAACCACCGAAGUGUAAAUUCACGCCCCCCCUCUUUCAUCCAAAUGUCUACCCGUCAGGAACCGUCUGUCUUUCCAUACUUGACGAAGAAAAGUCAUGGAAACCGGCAAUCACCAUAAAACAAAUUCUGCUAGGCAUUCAAGAUCUUUUGGAUGAUCCAAAUGUAAACGAUCCGGCGCAAAGCGACGCCUACACCAUGUUCAAGUACGUAUUUUUCACUGGUUUAUUGCAUGGGAAUACCACGGUUUAUAUCUCCCAAAGAAACGACAAGGUUGCCUACGAGCGAAGAAUCCGGCAGCAAGCCCGGGAUAAUAUACCAAAAUAAAGCUAUAAUUAUGUAUCGGUAGCUA